CGUUUCUCUUCCGCUUUUUGUCCUCCGGAUCAAUCUUUCCCCCGUAACUCCCGUUUCAUGUGAGCACGAUGUUUGGUCCUGUUGUUUAAUUCGUGUUUUGUAAGUUUUCUCGUUCAAAAACCAAAAAUGGAUACGGACGUUUCUGAAGAUACGGUCCGCCGAGCUCAGAGGAGAUCGAUGCGAAGGCAGUCCAUAGGAAAGACUCUGAUUUUUGAAGCGACCCCGAGAGCUCCUCUUAAGAGGUCUAAAAGGGAGAAAGAAAAGAAGGCUGCUUCUUCUUCUGUCCCAAAUGUUAAUGGAUCCCGAAAUGUGGAGAAUGGCACAGAAGAUGAAGAGUCCCCCAGCAAGAAGAGUCGACUAGAGGAAGACGAAACGUCGGGAGGCAGCGGUGAUAAAAAACAGAUGGAUGACCAUGAAUCGGUUCUGGAACAAAAUGCAGACCACGAAAUGGACAUUGAGGAAGAUGCCGUCCAUGGCCGGUAUAGGCCAAAAAUAGCACUUGGUUCCAUAGGAGAUGUGAAUUUGUCUCCGUUUGUUGUGCUUGGCGAGCGCUGUCAUUUAAGUGACAAUACAGACAGAUACUUGCUGAAACCCAAAGAAGUGUUCACAAAGCCAAGCGCACCAACAAGAUCGUCGGACAAUACACACAAUCAGCAAGGCCACAAGAUCACCAGCAUGGCCGAGUACAAGAAGGAGAUGGAGGCUAAAGCCAAAGGUCCUGAUGUCCCCAGAGUCAACCACUACAGUGUCCCAAGUGUGCACGCACCCUCUGUGACAUUGCACAAGAUACGACAGAGAGCUAAUAACGUUCCGGCUCAGAAAGAACCCAUCCCGCAAAAGAAACCAGAAAUAAAAAAAAUACCAGGGAUUACCAAGAGAGGCUCUGAAGAAUCAUCACGAGGAUUCCUUCAUUAUUUCUGCUGCUUGGUUCUGCUCCUGCUGCUGCUCAGCUCUGCUGUUCUGCUGGUCUACAAGAACAAGCUGAUCUCCGUGUACCAGAGGUCUGCAGAACGAGCUGGGCGUCCAUCCAGGGAUGUGAGGCUCGAGCCAUUCGCGGAUCUCUUCUCUCAACUGGAGGCUCGCUUCCACAGUCAAAGACCCGAACUGUGGAAGAGGAGCAGGACCCACUUGGAGAAGCACCUCAAAAGCACCAAGCCCACAGAGCCCGUCAGUCUGAUCCUGACAUCAGGCCGCGACGCUCAAAAGACACUGUCCUGCCUGGCCGAGGGCUUGGCCUCCGCCUUCUCCUCGGCCCUCAAGGCUUCCGUGCUCCUCAUCGACGGAGCCAGCAAAGCCGGCCUGGAGAGCGACGAGGUGAAGCUGGACAUUGACGGGCAGCUGCAGGCGGCCUUUGGUGGAAACCGAGCAGCUGCUGUCAUCCACAGCUUGGAGGAGCUGCCGCCUGGCUCCACCCUCAUUUUUUAUCGCUACUGUGACCACGAACACGCCGCCUACAAAGAGGUCUUCCUAUUGUUUACCGUGCUGCUACCUCAGGACGCGGUCAGCGGGGAGCUCGGGGUUGUCGAAGAGCUGGUUCAGGACUAUCUUAAGGACAGGCUAGUGGCCCCAAGCAGCCACAUGGCCUUUAAUGAGAUGGACACGGACAAGUUUGGCGGACUGUGGAGCCGGAUCUCCCACCUUGUUCUGCCUGUAGUUGCCGAGAAGGAAGUAGAGCAGAACGGAUGCUGAGAGGCCAGAGGAGCAUAUUCACAAAGGACCAGACUGGGUCAUACCAUGUAAAAAAAAAAAGAAAUAUAUAUAUAUAUAUAUAUAUAUAUAUAUUAAUAAUUUGUCCUUCUCCUCUGAGAUUUUCUUCCAUUUUGAGGUGUUCUCCACUUCGUGAAGUAUCUACAGUAUCAUUUUGAGGGGAGAAUGAAGGAUUUCUUUAUGUACCUUUGAAGUACAGUGGAACCAAGGUUUACGAACAAUUUGGUUUAUGAAAUAAAAUAAAUAAAUAACCUCGGGUUACACAAUAUUUUCUGGUUUCUGAACAGUCUUGGCAUGGCUGCAGAUCAGAAGGUGGUUGUUUUUCUCGCACUGCAUAAACAUACUGGCUCUGCUUCAGCUAUAUCUGUUUAUUGCCGAAAUGGCCUCCACCUCCCACAAUGCAAUGCAAAAGCUACACUGUAUUUUGGGAGGUAAUGGCCAUUUAGGGUUAGCAGAAACCACGAUGAACGUAAAAUUACUGUACCCGAAAAGGCUAAGAACCUGUAGUGGUUUGCAAGCGAACCCACUAUUAUUUUAUCAUCAAGAAAUUUGUUUCCACCCAUUUCUAUAUUGCUCAGUAUUUAUUUUUAACCACUCAAUUAUCAACAUAAGGUAAAUAUAGAGUCAUCCUGUGGCUGGAACGGAUUAAUUGCUUCUCCGUUUAUUUCUGUGGGAAAGGACGACAAACAAACGGGGUUACAUAACGAAUUCAGUUCUUAAACCGAGGUUCCACUGUAGAUGUUUAAAGUCAAGAAUCACCUGCUUCCUUAGCCGAAGGUUUGUUAGCUUAUAUUUCUCUAGUUAAGAGGCUGAGAACAGGAAUUCUUGGUGUUCUGGGCUUUUCCUUCCCAUUCCGACCACUCAAAAUUUUACAAAAAUCUGAGAGGGGAAGAAGGGCCUGACUGUCUCUUUUAAGAGCUCAUUGUUGAACCCAACCUUCACUGUGGAUUCAGCGCAGAGUUACCAGCUCUUAAUUUUGAUUUAAGUUACAACAGUGACAUUAACUUCGAGGAAUCUGAUUUUCUCACAGUCUGGUGUCGUUUCACUAUUUUAUAUGGCUAAAAUAAGACAUGUGACUCCCCUUCCCAGAAGCACUUUGUUCACCUUGUUCCUUCUGGUCAGCAGCCUUGCACUCCUCUUUUGUUUUGGAGUGAAAAGUUUACUCUCCUGCAUCCAGCCUCCCAGAUGACUGAUACAUUCUUUUUUAGUCUUCUUGUCAUCCCUCUUCUUUUGUGUACAAACAGACUGGUUUGCACUGAAAAUGUUGGAUCUUUAAUCAGGUAGCUGGGUUUUAUUAAGAAAUGCAUUUUAUAGUCUUUGUUCAUAAUACUUUGUUCUUGUAGUGUCUGGGGAGUUCUUUUUUUAAUUUUUUGUAAAUAAUAAUAACGUAAGAAUGUUUCAUCUUUGCACCUGUGGUCUAGAGAAUGAUACUCUUAUUACACACACUGUACAGCGUACGACUAUAAAAAUGUGCCUUUGAGACUUGAAAGAAAAAACUUUUUGAAAUGUACAAAAUGAGUGAAUAAUUGAUGUCCUGAAAAAAAAGAUAUUUUCCUCGUUUGUGCUCAAUUUAAAUUUCCCUUAAUUUGUGUGUGAUGUCACUUCAAUUGCUAUUUGACACUCUGAAUAUUUAGUAACCCUGAAUAUGUUGAAUAAAGAUUAUUUUGCUA